AUAAACGCUUACGAGAUGAGUAUUGCGAACAAUAAUAAUCAAGUAAAUUUACGUAAAGAAUAUACCUUAAGGAAACCGUCAAUAAAUUUAUGGAUAUCUAUGCUACUGAUUGCUCAUGCAGCUGCAGCUACAAUGAUAAAAACCGAAAAUAAAGAACAGUCGGAGAAUAUGCAACACAUCGUGACAGAAUCAAAUCAAAUUAUAUUUAACGAUACCGAGCACAUUUCCCAAGCGGCUGAAAUACAAAAAGCUGUUUGUACUGUAACUGCCGGUGAAGUAAGAGCCAGCGCGGAGGCUGUGACGACAAAAACAUUGAAAGGAGUGUGUGGAUCAGAUGAAAUGAAGCACGCGUUCAGUGAUUUAAAGAAUAAGCUAUACCAUGAACUCGAAGAGAUCAAAAGAAUAUUGCGCUCAUUGAGAUAUAAAUGCGGUACGGAAAUGGUUCUCAAUCAAAAUCAACAGAACAAUAAUAUUGAUAAAAAUUUUGUAAAAAUGACUACAACUUAUAAACCUGAAAAAUUUCAAACGAUCGUUAGCGAUUUAAAAUCGAAUGACAUUAGCAAUCGUAUCAGUUCAAAACUGAAAUCAUUAUCAAGUGAGGAGACCGUAACAGCCAAAGACCGGUUACUUAAUAACUUAAAACAAAUCAAUAAGGCAGGCUUACCAGAUCAGAUCAGCGGUGAUCUUAGAGUGUUCACCUACCAUUGGAAAAUUGAAAUGUUCACAAAACGUCUAGAGAACCAAAAUAGCGCCAUUAUGGAUAGUCCAACAUUUACAGUUGCAGGAAGAGCAUUAUGUAUACGAGCUCAUUUUCAUCAUUUACAUCGCGAUUUUCUAUAUUUGCAAUUAAUUGAACCUAAAUCCACUCUAUCAUCUACAAGCAGCAUUACUUUAGAUAUGGGGAAUAUUUUUAAAGAGAUUGCAAAUGAAAAUAAUUUAAAUUUCAAGCAUAGAAUAUCUGUAUUAGAUCAGAAUCAUCAAGGAUCCAAAGAUCUUGUUUCGCAAGAAUAUAGCAAUUUAGAAGCUGGAUUUUUAAUACCAAAUACUGCUCUGCUGGAGAGUCCUUACCUGAAACAUGAUACAUUGUUGAUACAAAUUUUUUUGUAUUUAUAA